UCCCUUGCAUUUUCUCCUGACAAUCAUUCCCUUAUCUCGGGAUUUGAGGAUGAGACCGCGAUUAUUUGGGAUGCUCAAACCGGAGCAUGUCUACAUUCCUUCGACAUCGAGGGCAACAUAGACCAGGUCGCUUUCUCUCCAAAUGGUUCUCACAUCUACAUCAAUGCCAAUAACUCCUGUUCAAUCUAUGAGACCCAAAAUUACAGGUGCAUUUCUGAAUUACGGCACCAUGACAAAGAAUACUGCGAGUUGUCAGUGUCUCGGCAAGGGGACCGCAUAGCAACAGCAUCGAUGGACGAUCAAGUGAAGAUUUGGAGUGCAGUGACUGGUGAGGAGCUUCUCACCAUCGACCACCCAGGAAAGCUCUCGUAUUCUGUGACGUUCUCUCCAGAUGGCUCUGAGGUACUAGCGGCUUGUGAC